AUGUUUGUUGUGUCAGAUGGACGAGUGAAGGCUAAUUACGAGGAGUUCCGCUUCCUACGCAUUCCUAUCCACCAUGACAUCCAAGGAAACUUCUCAGAAGAAAAGAAAACCAUAAAUAUUGCCAAUCUGCCACCGCCAGCCGAAAGGCUUGUGCUCGUCGGUGUCGCCGGUGCCAUCAUUGCGUUGAUAUCGGUGGUGUUCAACAUGUUCCUGUUCUGUGUUUUGAUACGGAACAAGCGGUAUCGGUCGUCCAGCCUGAUCUAUUUGACGUUUCUCGCCUUCUCCGAUACAUUUUUGUCAGCGGCGUAUAUUCUGCUGUUUCCCGUGAACCUCUACAUGGACUACUUUGCCUCGGAAUUACUGGCUAUGGCAUGGUGGUCAUAUGUACGGAUUAUCAUCACAAUAUCACAUGUGUUCAUAUCCGCGUCGGCGUUUCUCAUCGUUGCGGCCGCUUUGAGAGGUACAUCACCAUCGAAAAUCCGCAAUCAGUUUGCUGUCAUCAUCGGAACUCGCAUUUGUUUGCAUGGCGCUUGUCUUUUGCCUGAUCGCCAAGCUGGCCGAUGUCCUGAAGUUGUCCCGAAUGGGAACUGUACAGGUCUCACAUCUUUGACGAUAAUUGUGAGUGAAUUCAGCGAGACGGAACCUUACAAGAGUGCCUACAAAUACUGGUUUCGGAGCAUCAUCACGAUAAUUCUGCCGUUCGUUCUGUGCUUCUACCUCAACAUCGGCAUCAUUCGUCUCCUUCGUGCUCAACAUCAUGGUGCUAACUCUCUUCCGCUUCGCCACGUCGGAACAUCG